ACCUAUAUACGAACAAAAACAGCGAGUGAAGAGGCAACAUUUAUCGAGCAUGGACUCGAGACAAAGUGCAAAUCGUUCUGAGUGGCCUGAGGUACGCGAUUACAGUUGGGACGCGGGUAAAUUCUGAGGAGAGUGAGGAGCCAGCCAUGAGGAUUCUGUUCCCUCAACGAUGCUCGUGACUGGCACCGCCAGGACUUGAAACGCCAACAAAAAGAAAAAAUUAGAGAUUAGAAAAUGUGGAGAGAAAUGAUAGAAGACCUGAAGGAUCCUCACCUGGUGGCGAGAAUCCAGCAGUUCUUCGGCGUGGACAUUAGCUACGAAAACCCCUCCCCCGUCACCUCGCAACCUGACGAUCCAUCGAGGAUAAUCGAUAAGAACGGAUUAGUCCAUGAAAAUGGUAAAGGAAUUGUCCACACGAAUGACGAAUCUCCCGAACCAACUGAGAAAUCAUCGAUGGAAAGAGGACUGCCAGUGAAUAAUUACUUCUGGUACUAUUUAUUCCUCUUUGGGACUGAAUUGGGAGACGAGACCUUCUACUGCAUGUUUAUUCCCUUCUGGUUCUGGAACAUCGAUGGGGCCGUGGGGAGGAGAAUAAUCUUAGUCUGGUCGAUCAUUAUGUCCGUUGGACAAGCUCUGAAGGACAUCAUGUGCUGGCCACGUCCUGCCUGCCCUCCGGCUGUCAGACUCCAGAGCAAGUGGUCACAAGAGUACGGAAUGCCCUCCACUCACGCUAUGGUCGGUGUCGCCAUUCCUUUUGGAAUUAUUCUGUUUACUCUGAACCGAUACGUUUAUUCUGUUUGUUCUGCAAUCGUCAUGGCAGUUUUGUGGUGUUCACUGAUCUGCCUGAGCAGGUUGUACUUGGGGAUGCACACCGUUCUGGAUAUACUAGCUGGUCUUGGACUGGCCGGGGCGAUGAUGAUUCCACUAGUGCCAAUUGUUGAUUUUACAGAUCGCUAUUUAGUUACUAAUGAGGCAGCUUUAUUCUUACUAUUUGCCAUUGGUGCUGCUGCUAUUAUUUAUUAUCCUGUUAGCGAUAGGUGGACACCGACGAGGGGCGACACGGCGAUGGUAGUAUCAGUGGCGACUGGCAUCUAUCUAGCUGCUCUAAUUAACUUCAAGACUGGAGCAAUGCAGCCCCCACUCAUUGCACCCCCUUACAACAUAAUGUGGCCGACAUGGACGAUGCUGAGAUGUACGAUAUUGCGUACAGUCCUCGGUUUUUGCUGUGUUCUCGCUACUAAAGCUCUCAGCAAGUUCCUAGGCUACACGACGAUCUGUGCCAUACUCAGAGUAAAUGCUAAAGACCUCAUGAACAGUGAAAAUUCUCACGAGAACAAGGACAAAGUACUCGUUGAUCUGUUCUGCAAAUAUAUUAGUUGUUUCAUGAUUGGUUUCAAUACUGUUUAUCUUCUGCCAAAUGUCUUCAUAAUUAUGGGGAUCGAUAGACCUGCGUUUUUCACAGAAAUGUGAAGUGAUAAAGCUCUAACUGAUGCGAGACAAGGUACUUCCGCAGUAAUCGUAAGAGAUUGGAGAUGAAUUUAGGAAAUUAGACGAGAAACAUAAAGGAUCUUUUGUUACGCAAAAUAUAUUUUGUUACGUGGUGUUCAUAAGUUAUUGUUAAUUAGAUGAUGUGCGAGGGAAAUGAUGAGAACUAAAUAAGUCUCGGAUUAUGUUACAAUAAUUUUUUCUCAUUUUUUUGUUGAUUAAUGAACUCUACGAAAAAUGUCGAAUAAUCGAUUACAAAAUUACUGCUAAUGCGCUCCACUCAAGCCUAGGGCAUUCAAUAAUUAGUCAUUAGAGUACGCAUAACCUCACUAGUAAUUAAUUAGUUUUAAUUGUUAGGAAUUACCUCAAUGUCAUGCUCAUGUCGAUGUCACUGGCAUAUCCAAUUGCAGUAUCUAGAAAGACAGAAUAAAUCAAUUAAGAAAAA